AUGGAUGUUGCUGAACUGCAUGAUAUUGUAAUAGUUGGGGGUCGGAUAUGUGGGCUUGCCACUGCACUUGCCCUUCAUAGGAAGGGCAUGACUAGUAUUGUUCUGGAAAGAGCUGAGACUCUAAGAACCAUAGGAGCUGGCAUAGGCAUGCAAUCGAAUGGUUGGCUUGCACUUGAUCAGCUUGGUGUUGGCUUAAAGCUUAGACAAACUGUCAUUCCUGUUCUACGAUACACAGCUCCCCGCCGGAGUGGAGUUACAGACUUUCUCCGAGCACCGUCUCCACCACACGAUCCAACACUACUGGACGUGCCUCUAAUCCGUCUGAUCGAGGAAGAGGAAAUGGGCAAAGGGAGCCGUAUCAAAAAUCUAGUCACCGCCAUGUCCACCGAGGUGCCGAGCAUCCCUCACCAUGCCCCUGCUGCCAGUCAAACAUUUGGGAUGGUGAUUGCUUUGGCGUCGACUGCUGCAGCGCAGACCAGCAAAGAAAGUCGCGGAGCCGGGAAAGGGCCUCGAUCCGCCGACCCAAUAGCCGAGCUCAUUGUAGAGUUGAGCGCUGAGCAACCCGCAAAUACAUCUGAGCCAAUGCCACCAUGGAAACCGCAGUUGAAGCACUGGGGUAAGGAGAUCUUGGCCAACACUUCAGUCAAAGGAGACAAUGAACAUCUCUUGGCUUUCGACCUGACAAAAGCUCUACUCCUGCCGAGUGACGUGACCGACAGCGACCACGUGCCCGACACCCGGCUCGUGAAGUCCUUGGUCAAGUCUAUGACCCGGGUAAGAAUUUCGCAUGUUUGA